CGGCCAUGUUGAAUGUAUCGGUGUAACCUGCUGCUGCUGCUGCUGCUGCUGUCAGAGCGGGGAGACCCGCAGCUCAGUCCCGUCACAUCCCAGGGACUGGGUAGCCCGCGUCCCCGCCCCGGGAAAUCUGUGUGUUCCCUGUGCAUAGAUAGAGAGUAGAGAGACGCCCGGGGGAGAGCCGAGCUGUCCUGCCCUCAUCCGGGAUGUUCUCUAAAAAAACUCACGGGGAUGUGAAGAAAUCAACCCAAAAAGUGCUGGACCCUAAGAAGGAUGUACUGACCCGGCUGAAGCACCUGAGGAUCGUCAUCGAAAAUGCGGAAUCUAUUGACCUCAAGCAGUUUUUUGAACAGAACUUCUCUCAUAUCUACUACGUUUUCUUUGAAAACUUUGUGAUCAUUGAGACUUCACUAAAACAAAAAGGUCAUAAAUCCCAGCGGGAGGAACUUGAUGCCAUCCUCUUUAUUUUUGAAAAAAUUUUGCAGCUUCUUCCUGAAAGAAUUCACCAACGAUGGCAGCAUCACAGCAUCAAUUUAAUUCUGAAAAAACUGCUUCACACUGGAAACUCCUUAAAGAUCCGCCUUGAAGGACUGCGCUUCUUCCUCCUGUGGCUUCAAGCACUCCAAAACAACUGCAGUUGGGAGCAGCUGUGCAUGUUUGCAUGCCUCAUUCCUGGUUUCCCAGCGCCACCCUCCGACCAUGGCAUAUAUACUCUGGAAAAUCUUAUCAAUCAGCCUUUGAAUCUACAGGAAAAUCAAGUGACAAUUGAGGAAAUUACGCCACUUGUUCCUCCACAGUCGGGGGACAAAGCACAAGAAGAUCUUACCAGUUAUUUUCUUGAGGCUUUGUUAAAAUACAUGGUGAUACAGGUUCGGAGUUUAGAAUGGCAAAACAAAGAUAAAGAGGAGGGUGGCUUUGCCUUCUUGUUCUCUAACUUCAAGAAAUACUACAUGCCUUAUAUUUUCCCUGCUAUGAGCAGAGAGAGCAGCCUAUACCAUCCUGUACUUGAGAUACCACAAAUGAGACCAAAACCUAACUAUGUGCUGAUCCGGAGGGAUGCAGAGAGCAAUGAGGCUCAUUAUUGCACCAAAGAGCCCUUUCUCAAUGCCCGGGUAAUUGUCAUUCGAUGGCUGGUGUCCUUCUGGCUGGAACCCAAGCCGCACACAGGGAUACACAUUCCUGGGACUGAAGGGGAGAAUGUGCCAAAGAAUAUACAGAGAGCUGCUGCUAACCUUGCUGCUCAGGAGGAAAGUAGGAGUGACAAUGGCGAAAGGAGCGCAGAGCCUAAGCAGUCCCACUCUAACACCAGCACUCUUACAGAGCGAGAGCCCAGUGUCUCCAGUCUGUGUAGCAUUGCUGAAGAGCAUAUCACGGAUUACGAGAUCGUCCGCAGAUUCUUCUCCAGCAAAUGCAAUAACGUUGACUUUCUCAUCGAGAUCUUCCGGCAGUCUUUCUUGCUGCCGGUGUGUGAAGCAGCAGCCAUGCGCAAGGUGCUGAAGGUGUACGAGCAGUGGAUUAAACUGAAAGAAAAGCCUUUGUUUAUGCAAGAGCCAGAAAAACAGGCUGCAAUAGAUAAUGGGAUUGUAAUAUCUGUUGAGCGCCAAGAGGAAUCUCCUGCGACGUGUGAGAAGGGAAAAGAGCAAGAGGAGACCCUGACCAUUCCUCCAGGACAUGUCCGAACAGCCAGUUGGUCUAAGUGCCAUCAGGAUACCACUAAUAAACAUCCAGAAGAUGAUUCAAUGGACAAUAAGGUUAAGGCUGGGGCUCAGGCUGUGUACCAGGUUUUUAUUGUCAAUGCUGCAAAUAUCAUUUUGCUUGAGCCUGCAAAUGAUAAUAAGAUGAUGUUAAAUGAACAAACAGAUAUGUGUAAAAGAGUCCUGAACAUUUAUCGCUACAUGGUGGUACAAGUCGCCAUGGACAAGAAGACCUGGAUGCAGCUGCUGCUGGUUAUGCUCAGAGUCACAGAGUCCGUGUUGAAGAUCCCACCACAGGUUCUUCAGCAGUAUCAAGGCAAGAAGAAUCAGAUUUUGGCUGGACGACUGGCAGGACCCUUGUUUCAGACCCUGAUUGUGGCCUGGAUCAAGUCAAGCCUCCAUGUUAGUGUUUCCCGGGAACUGUGGGAUGAUCUAUUGGCAGUAAUGUCAUCUCUGACUUACUGGGAGGAGCAAGCCACAGAAUGGGCUCACACCAUGGAAACAUUGACUAAAGUGCUUGCCAAGAACGUCUAUCACCUUGAUUUGAAUGAGCUGCCGUUAGACAAGCUGAGCGAGCAGAAGCAGAAGAAGCACAAGGGCAAAGGAAGCACCCAUGAAUUCCAGAAAGGCUCAGUGGAUAAGUCUUUUUCUCGAGGCUGGAGCAGAGAGCAACCUGGGCAGGCUCCAAUGCGCCAACGCAGUGCCACCACCACUGGGUCUCCUGGCACUGAGAAAGCCAGAAGCAUUGUGCGUCAGAAAACAAUUGCCAUGAGGAGCCGAUCCAUUGGGGACAGUGCCCUGCCAUCAGCCUCUAUCCGCAGCGCUAAAAGUGCACCUGUCCUGAUCCAUCCUUCCAAACCCCUUCUGCCUGAUAUUGUUCUCACUCUGCUUUCCGAUGAGAUGUCAGAAAUGGACGAUGCCCCUGUGCAUCCUCGUAUUACUCGGGUAAGGCAUUAUUCCCAGAGUGAGGAAAUGCCUACUGAAACAUUUGGAGCAGUUAAUGAGGAAACCUCCACUUUACCCCGCAGUAGCAGCACAUCUGACAUCCUGGGGCCUGUUUCAGCUGAGAGAAUGAAAGGUGCAGUGCCUGUUGCUGACAGUCCCUCCCCUCAGACUGCGGACCCCCCUUGUGCUAACACACAUGGUCAGGAAGCGUCCCUAACACAGGCUGAUGGCAGUAUAUAUGAUCACCUUUGCCAUUUGGCUGGCUCAGUUGGACUGACAGAUGCAGAAAUUGAGCAGGGCUGGUUGGAGGGUGGAGACAUUUUGCCCUCUUUAAGGGCAUAUUUUAAAAUGCAAGAAAUGCAAGGGGAGGGAAUGGAAACAAACAAGGUAGGGUUUACUUUGGUGGACCAUAACCCAGGGCAUCUUGAGGAGAAAUUAUGUGUUAAAGGAGAGGUUUGUCCAGUGUCAUCAGAGGGGCCCUAUCACACACAUUCCCAGUCACAACAUACUGACAGUAGUUUAGGUAUAGAGGGGUAUGGGACUAGGAAAGCUGGGGGUCUGAGAGUUGCUGGUAGAUCAAGGGAUGUCCAUGUGAGGAUUCAAGUCGAUGGAGAGGUAAUUGAAAAUGAUACACCCGGCCUGCAGCAAGGUGACCAGAAGAGAGGUCUUUGUAGACAACAAGCAGCUGAGGAAGAUGAGCCUCAUGAGUCUCACCAAUCAUCUGCCAGUGAACAUGGGGCCAACAUGAAAAACCUGUGCGAGUCUGUGACUCACAAGGCCAAAGCAAUGCGACGGAAACGCAGCAGUGUACAGGUCACCUUCCGACCAUCCACCGAAGCUGUGCUUUUCUACAAUUCCAUGGAGAACAAAGAUGCCCCCUGGAAGGCCAGGCUGCGGAAGUUAAGUGGCUUGAGUUCAAACUCUUCCAUUGUUGUAGAUCCAGGAAAGCCCAUGGCAUAUGCUGCCCUGGGUGCAGUGAGGGUGGCAUCAGGAGUUAGCCAGUCAUGCAUUGACCAAAAUGAGAUACCCUAUGCUCCCGUACAAGUGCAAAAGGAAACAGGCCGCAUAAGGCCAAGGUCUAGAAGCCAAGAGAGAGCCCCAUCUCAUGCGUCUUUAGGAGGCGUAUAUAAAACUGUUGUUCAUGCUCUCUCAAAACCCAAGGCCAGUGUGUCCCUGCAGAAGCAGCAAAGGACGUCAACUGAGGCUCCACUGAGGGACCUGUACGGUCAUGUUAUGGGCUAUUUUGGAAGGAAGGCAGCAGCUAACAAAGAAGAUGUAGGUCCACAGUUAAGUGCCAUAAAUAGUGAUAUCAACUCCAGCUCCAAUAUCCCAGAUCUGAUGGAUGAAUUUAUAGCAGAGAGGCUGAGGUCGGGCACAGCUCCGACUUUAACACGCAGAGGUAGCAGCCCUGGCAGUCUAGAAGUUCCUAAAGACUUGCCAGACCCACUUAACAAACAUAGCCAAAUGCGCCCAGCAGAUGAUCCUGGCGUUCCAUCAGAGUGGACUUCUCCGGCAAGUGCUGCUAGCAGCGAGCUUCUCAGCUCAGACAGCCACUCAGACUCCUUCAACGCGUUUCAGUGUGAUGGGAGGAAGUUUGAAGCUGGUUUCCCAUUUGGCAAUGAUUCGGCAGUGCCUCUCACCGCAGACACCGAUACAGCAUCUGUACAGCUCAGCACAGAGGAACAGGACGUGGUCAGUCUAACUACACUUCACAUUGACUCAGAAACCAGUAGCCUCAACCAGCAGGCCCUGUGUGCAGAUGUGUUGGUUCCUGCAGGCUCUGAAAAUGCAUCUCCGGCCCUGUCUGCUUAUGGUUCGCGCUCCCAAACACCAUCUCCUGCUGCUUUAACAUCUGAACAGGUUGAACUGCAUGAAAAGCUUCAACAUUCCGUUCUGCAAACACCAGAUGACAUAGAGCCCUGUGAAUUCCCAUUAGAAAGCUGCAGUGUAAUGGCAGGUGGCACACUCACAGGUUGGCAUGCAGAUGUCUCCACGGUCAUGUGGAGGAGAAUGCUGGGAAUUCUGGGAGAUGUCAAUAACAUCAUCAAUCCUGAAAUCCACGCUCAGGUGUUUGAUUACUUAUGUGAGCUGUGGCAGAACCUGGCCAAGAUUCGAGACAAUUUGGGAAUCUCUUUGGAUAAUCUUUAUUCUCCUCCUCCACCUGUGCUUAUCCCACCUUUGAGGAUUCUCACUCCAUGGCUUUUUAAGGCCACAACCUUGCCAGACAAAUACAAGCAAGGAAAACUACAUGCUUACAAAUUGAUAUGCAAAAUCAUGAAAAGACGGCAGGAUGUAUCUCCAAACCGGGACUUCUUAACGCACUUUUACAAUAUUAUGCACUGUGGUUUGCUCCAUACUGACCAGGAUAUAGUAAACACCAUUAUCAAGCACUGUUCACCCCAGUUUUUUUCGCUGGGGCUUCCAGGGGCCACUCUUCUAAUUAUGGACUUCAUUGUAGCUGCAGGGAGAGUUGCUGCCUCCCCCUCUCUAAAUGCACCACGCGUGGAAGCACAGGUGCUACUAGGAUCACUAGUUUGCUUCCAUAACCUUUAUCAGGAGCUCCCGGCCCUGCAUCCCAGCAGCUCGGAAAUUGUAAUGUCGCAGUUCACAGAUGUCAAGGAGCUAACAAUCAAAACUGUCUUAAGUUCCGCCAGAGAAGAGCCUUCUGGUCCAGCAAGAUGUGUAGCUCUGUGCAGUUUAGGAAUCUGGAUGUGUGAGGAACUUGUCAACCAAACGCAUCAUCCGCAGAUUAAAGAAGCACUUAAUGUCAUUUGUGUCUCCCUCAAAUUUCCCAAUAAAGUGGUUGCACAGGUAGCGUGCAGUGUGCUGAAUGUGCUCCGUAACUAUGUCCAGCAGCUGCAGAUUUACCACCCUGACUAUCCACUCAAAAUGAUUGAGAUUCUUCUAGCCACUGUGACACAUCUAUUGCCAACUGCUGAGACCUCAUCCUAUGAACAAGAUAAACGGCUGGUGGUGUCUUUGCUGCUCUCCCUUCUGGAAUGGAUGAUGGCAUUACCCCUCUCAGUGUUACUGAAACCAGUGCGACAUGCUGGGAGUGAAAACCAAGGGAGCGAAAACUCUGUAUUGAACUGUGCAUAUAAGGUCUUGCAUGACUGUGUCUAUGGCUCCCAGCAUUUCAGCAACCCACGGUACUUUCCCAUGAGCCUCUCAGAUCUGGCAUCUGAAGACUACGAUCCCUUUCUGCAGCUGGAAUGCCUGAAAGAGCCAGAACCUCUCCAUUCCCCGGAUUCAGAGCGUUCCACCAAGUUGCAGCCAGUUACUGAGGUGAAAAUACCCAAGCAGCAAGGCUUAAUACCAGUAGCAGCACGAACGGUUAUCACACACCUAGUUAACCACUUAGGACAUUAUCCAAUGAGUGGAGACCCGGCCAUGCUGACUAGUCAGAUCUGUGAGAAUCAUGACAAUCCGUUCAGUGAAAGUUCUGACCUCUCCCCACAACUCUUCCACAGCCCCAACCUUCAGUUUUUUGUUCUAAAUAACACCACACUGGUGUCCUGCUUACAAAUCGCGGCAGACUCAAAACUACCUCCUGGUGAGGAUCUUUCUUCUGCCAGCUCUACUGUCCGUGUUAUAAUGAGGGACCUUUCAGGCAAGUACAGUUGGGAAUCUUCCAUUCUUUAUGGACCUGCACUAGAAUUUUCAGGCCAAAAGUCUCAGUGGUCUUCCCUGUUUUCUUCCUUUCCUACGUCUUCUGUUAGUAUACAAGAAGAACAUCAACCUUCACAGCGGGAGUCUGAGGAAUUUUCUUCCCUUCAGUCAAGGCGGAGAGGCAGAGAAGCUCUGCCUUUAUGGGACAGUUUGUCAGAUGAGGAAGAUGCUCUUGACUGUCUUUUGCAGUAUCUGGGAGCUACAGGUCCUGAGUGCCUUCAAAGAGCAGGAGUUCCUCUGAAUGUUCCCUCCCCACCUCCUGCUUGCUUUUCUGAGAAACUGGAGAAUGAGGUCAGCAAUGCUAUUUUAAAGCAGAGUGCAGAAGAGGAGGAGUUUGUGGAAAAGCACUGUGGUAAUCUCCACAUGCGGGCAAUGCCCCAAGAGGAACCAACCAACCAAAAACCUGAGUCGGCCUUCUACUACUCCCGGCUGCUGCUUAGCAUUCUAGGAAUGAACUCCUGGGAGAAGAGGAGAAAUUUUCACCUUCUAAAGAAAAAUGAGAAAUUGCUUCGGGAGCUGAGAAAUCUUGAUUCCAGGCAAUGUCGUGAAACGCACAAAAUAGCUGUUUUCUACAUUGCUGACGGCCAGGAAGACAAGCACUCCAUACUGUCCAAUACCGGUGGCAGUCAGGACUAUGAGGACUUCGUGGCUGGGCUUGGAUGGGAGGUGAAUCUGGCUAACCACUGUGGCUUUCUGGGAGGACUGCAGAGGAACAAGAGCACUGGGCUGAGCACGCCUUAUUUUGCCACCUCUAUUAUGGAAGUCAUGUUUCACGUCUCCACAAGGAUGCUUUCUGAUUCUGAUGACUGCCUAACAAAAAAGCUUCGCCACCUUGGCAAUGAUGAGGUGCACAUUGUGUGGUCCGAGCACAGCAGAGAGUAUCGCAGAGGCAUAAUCCCCACAGAGUUUGGAGACGUUCUACUAGUUAUUUAUCCCAUGAAGAAUCAUAUGUUCAGCAUCCAGAUUAUGAAGAAACCGGAAAUCCCCUUCUUUGGACCACUCUUCGAUGGAGCUAUUGUGAAUGGUAAAAUCCUUCCAGGCCUGGUCCGAGCAACAGCCAUUAAUGCUAGCCGAGCACUUAAGUCUCUCAUUCCACUGUACCAGAACUUCUUUGAGGAAAGGAUGCGGUACUUGGAUUCCAUCAUCCAGCAACAUUUGGAGCCCACCACCUUUGAAGACUAUGCUGCACAAGUCUUCUGUCCAGCUCCACAUCAUAACCACCAUAUGCUGAAUGCACGCACUUGCUCUGCAGAUAAGCAGGAUGAGAUCUUAUUGACUCAGGAUGAUGGCUCAGAAUUGGCAUCCCCUACGUCACCACGGACCAGCAAAAGCCGCAUGUCCAUUAAGCUUCGGCGGUCCUCUGGCUCUGCCAACAAGUCCUAGUUUUUGUUUUCACAUCCCUGGAUUAUCCAUAUUUUUUCUUUUCUUCUAUCGUGGGCAUUGCCAUGUGUGGGAAAAGUCCGGCACUUCACAUUCACAUGGCCUUCACACUCUCUGUUCUUUUAUUCUAUGUUUUUACACGUCUCUUUUAUUUGAAUGAAUAACACUGGACUUUUAGAUAUGAAUUAAAAUUUUAGUCUAAAGAACAAAACAAAAAAAACAACAACUGUGGUUUUAAAUUGCUAUGUGCAAUGCCGGUUGCCAUAUGUAUAUCUUUGCAGCUUUUAGCAGUAUGACACUUUUUGUUUAUUCUCUGUGUGAACCUGGAGGAAAUGUUAAUAUUUUUGUUUUUACUUUAUCUUUGCACCGACUGUGCUGUAUAUUUAUUAAUGAUAUUCCUGCCUCCUGUUAUUGUGUGAGAUAUGUUCAGAUGGCUUAUGUCUUUUUCUUUGGACCACCCCAAAUAUUUCCAUAAAUAAUAUAUGCCUGAUUUAGUUACAAAAUAUGGCGAUGUUAAUUUUGAAGGGAUGUCCCUUUCUGUGUGGCCUUUUAGUGUGUAGAAGGCACUGCACUGAAGGUGGUCUAUGUAUUUGUAAUAGAGGGUCAUUCCAUAAUGAGGGAGAGUGUGCACUCAGGUUUUGGUGUGCUAUUAUAUGCUGGAGCCCAUAUUGAUUACACUUGUGUGCAGUUAUGUUUGUUCAUUACACAUGGCCUUGUAUAUGCAAUGAGAAAUUUCAAGUGCCAUGACCCUAUGUCACUAAAAUGCGCCAUUUACCCAUCUUAUAAAGGUGUCUUGUGACCCCGAAUAACCUUGAGGCUGCCAAAGCCUUUCCCACUAAAGGAAGAAAAUCUAGCUGAAUAUUUCCAGCUUCUAGUACCUUUUCUAGAUAUGCCAAAGGACUGAGCAGAGACUGGUCUGAUAACAUUUCACUUACAGAAUGUGGAUAGUACUAUUUUUAUGCCAUUCUUUUUCAUUAUCAUAUGGUUGCUUUUAUUCCAUUUCUUCUUUUUUUUUUGUAACAUUAUUUGGCACUGUUUAUUAAAUUUGUCAUGUCGCGCAUCCUGUUAGGCCAAUGUUCUAAUGGAUGUGGUGUUAUCAUUUGUGUCACAAAUAAUAAAUAUACAACCCGUU